UUCCGCGGACACUGUAAACAACAUGGCGUCGCGGAGCGGGCGCGCGGCCUAGGCGGGGGUGUCUUGAGAAGGGUACGGUCUCGCGGAGCAGCUCGUGGACAGGAACCGCGACCGUGUCGUAAAGAAGCUCAGCAGCAGCUUCAGCUUCAGAUUUUUCUCCUCGGGACGAAGUCUGUCUUGUAUGUUUGGUGCUUCGUUCGUUUGGCGGAGAGGUCGAGGGCAGAAGCGCGCAGAGCAGGAGGAGGACGAACAAACACGCCUUUUGGUCUAUGGGCUCUCGGUCCAGUUCUGGGAUGUCCGGUCGGGAGACCAGCGGCAACCCAGAUCAGUCGGAAUCAGGACCCAACCAGACGACCAACCAGCAGGGCCGCAGGCAGGCUGAGAGGCAAGCGGAGGAUUACCAGUCUUCAGCAGAAGACGACGUGGACUUAGCUCAAGUGCUGGCGUACUUACUUAGGAGGGGCCAGGUGCGUCUGGUCCAUGGGGGUGGGGCUACAGGACUUCAGCUCGUCCAGUCGUAUUCUGACUCGGACGAUGACAGUGACGGAGCCUGGGAAGGUCGUCUAGGAAACCGCUACAAUCCCCCUGUGGACUCCCAACCCGACACUCAGGAUGUGGAUCGGAGCGAGAUCCGAACUCAGAUCCUCCUGGCCACGGCCUCCUCAGCCUCCAAAGGCAAGCAGAGCUUUGCCCACAUGCUGAGAGAGAGGGAACAGGGGCGCUGCCUGGGCUCCAGUUUUUCUCACGGAGAAUGCAGUCGCAUUCGCUCACACUUCCUGCCCAACCAUGUGGCCCAUAAGGAGAUGUACCAUCAGAAGGCCUUCUGUGGAGUCUACAGUGAAGAUGGCAACAUGUUUCUGUCGGCCUGCCAGGAUCAGAACGUCCGGCUGUACGACACCAGCAGGGGCCGCUUCGCACUGAGGCGCACAGUGAAGGCGCGUGACGUUGGCUGGAGCGUGCUCGAUGUGUGCUUCACCCCCGACUCGAGCUGCGUGCUCUACUCCAGUUGGUCUGACUACAUUCAUGUUUGCAGUCUUACUGGAGACAACGAGACCCACACGGCUCUGGACCUCAAUCCGGAUGAGAGGAGGUUCUGUGUCUUCUCUCUUGCUGCAUCCUCAGAUGGGAAAGAAGUCUUGGGAGGAGCGAACGACGGCUGCCUGUACGUGUUCGACCGUGAGCAGAACAGGAGAACGCUCAAGAUUGAUGCGCAUGAGGAUGAUGUGAACGCAGUGGCGUUCGCUGACAGCUCAUCCCAGCUCCUGUUCUCGGGCAGCGAUGAUGCACUUUGCAAAGUGUGGGACAGGCGGACGCUCCAAGAGGACAGACCCCAGCCGGUGGGACAGCUGGCAGGACACAGGGACGGCAUCACUUUCAUACACAGCAAAGGAGAUGCACGGUAUCUGAUCAGCAACUCCAAAGACCAGUCAAUCAAGCUGUGGGAUGUGAGGAAGUUCUCCCCCAAGGAGGGCCUGGCUGCUUCCAGACUGGCUGUCACCCAGCAGAACUGGGACUACCGCUGGCAGCAAGUGCCCCAGAGAGCUCUAAAGAGGCACAAGCUGACAGGAGAUACCUCAGUGAUGACGUACCGCGGUCAUGGUGUUCUGCACACGCUCAUCAGGUGCCGCUUCUCCCCCGAGUUCAGCACAGGCCAGAGGUUCAUCUACACAGGCUGCUCCACUGGCAAAGUCGUCAUUUAUGACGUGCUGACUGGCAAGGUGGUCUCAAGGCUGUCCGACCACAAAGCCUGCGUGAGAGAUGUCAGCUGGCACCCUUACCAGGACAACAUUGUCAGCAGCUCUUGGGAUGGAGGGGUGCGGCUCUGGGAGCACAGACAGACUCACCCGCUGGACAAGGAGAGGGGCAGGGAGCGGCUGCACGAUAGGGUGGAAGAGGACAAGUGGUGACCCCCACCCUCCCCAAUUGGCUUUCUGUUGCGUGAAUGUUUGUAAUUGCAAAUCUACUGAUUAUACAUGGUGCCAUCACUGGAAUGGAAAUAUUGAACAGGUAUCACUUUCUUUAGCUGAAUCGAGGGAUUGUUGGACACGGCUGGGACUUUACAACUCGCCAGUCAUGAGCAGGAGUCCCCAACUAUGCAGCACUUCACAAACAUACCGAAAAGUGUAUAUAGUUUCAAGAAUCAGUAUACAAAUUGUUCCACAAUGUUUUGUUUUGCUUUGUGUUAAAGCAUUGGCCAAAUAGUUGAAAUACGAGAAGUAUUGUUGUUCAAACAUUACAGGAAAUGUGCACAGGAGCAAAACAAAAAGAAAUGUGAAAAAGUCAUUUCAUGUAAUCUUUUGCAGAAAUAUUUUGUAAACAAAUGUAAAAAAAAAAAUCUAGCUUAAAGAUUUGAAUGUAUGUCUGUGUAUUAAAGCUGAGUGGGAUUUGAGGUGAGGAUCAGUGUGAAUGUACAUGACUUACGGUGUUUCCAUCAGUGUCUGUUUCA